UCUUCUUUAUAUUUCUAUUGGUUUUUGUUGUUCAAUUUUUUAUUUUUUUUAUGGGAGAGUUGGUCCUAGCGAUGAGAGAAGUAUAUUGGUUACCUUGUAAACUUGCGGGUGGUUUAACUUAGUUGACAAUUUCACAUGCAACACCAUUUAAUUUUCUUUGCAUCUCUUUGCACCCCAUUUUCAAUCAAGCAUUCUUGAGGAAGAGAUCACUGAUAAGUGACAAGUACAUAUUCCAAAUUUCUGGUCCUGAAUUUUUGAACAUAAAUUUACACACAAACAUAUCCCGUUCUGGCCUUAUUACUGUUUAUGGUUUUUUUAACCAAUUUCUUACAUUUUUCAAGCUGAGUUGGACACAAACUUAUCUGGUAAAGUAUUUUGCCUCUCCUGAACUUGCUAGCAAUGACCUGGAGUUUAGCAUGUUUCUCUGGAUAAUGGUCUUAUGGAAAGUCAACCUGAGAACCCAACUUGGGUUAGGUUGGGCUUGGGCUACCCCAACCUUCCUCACCUGCCCAAUGCCCUCUACAAUGAAAAACUGAGCGCAACUCUCUCUCUCUCAGUCGAAGUUCCCUCUUUGUGCUGUAGUAUCACUUUAUCCCUUCCUUUUACAGCCUCUCUUUGUUUAUAUCUGUUUUGAUUUGUACAGCGUGGUUGUUCUAAUGCUUUAGUUGUUUCAGGCCAUUAAUCAAAGUGUUGAUGAUAGGGGUGAGCUUGAUUGCAGCCAGAGGUCAGCUUGGAAUCCAUUCCAGUGAAUACUAGUAAUCAUCGUCAUCUGCAUUGCUGUGGUAAUCUCAGAUGGAUAAUAAAGGGAAAAAAGUGUUAUGGGAGUUGGAGGAUAAAGCAUCGUCCAUUUUGUCAGAGUUUAUGCUGCGAGUCACAAAGUUUGAGGAGCUUGUAUCAGUGGGAAGUAAGUUCCUUGUCGGGUUUCAUGAAGCUGUAGAGUUGCUUCACAGGCCUGCAGUACACAAGACAUCUGAAGUGGCAGAUGGUAUCAUAAAAGCUAAUGAAACUCAGAGGGUGAAAGCAUAUGUCCAAGCGGGAUGUGUAAAUGGUCAUGAUGGUGUGCAAAACAUAAGCAAGUUACGUGAUUGCCAACGAGGACUUCAAGAUUAUUUAGCUGAAGCGAAAGGUCUGCUCAAUGAACUUAAUUGCUUCAUAGAUGAUAUAGUUAUUGUAUUGCGAACUUCAAAUGAAAUUGCAUCAGACGUUUCGGGUCAUUUUGGUGAUGGGCUGGUACUUCAAGGCACAUCUCUUGAAAAGGAGGCUAUGGAAUUGCGAAGUAUCCAAAAACCUGAAGUUUCAGAUUGUGCUUCUAUAAUGGGGACUAUUUGCAGUAUGGUGAAACAAGAUUAUACAAUGCAGGAAAAGAUCAUUUGUUCUCUAAGUCUUAAGUCAUCAUCAGCAGAACUGCAGAGCUACUGCCUCAUGUGGUCUUUGCGGCCUUUCAUAAAUGAUGACAUUAUGCAUCAUGCAUGGAAAUUAAUUCCACAGUUGUAAACCCUAGUCAUGUCCAAAUUGAUCAUUUAGCAAGUUGACAAAUGAAAAUCCACAUUUUUUGACCU